GCAUGCGUGUGUGCGUGAGUGCGUGUGUGUGUCUGUUGAAGCCAACUUUGAUAUAUUGAAGGAUGAUAUAUCUUGGAUAUUUCCUCUUUCUUUUUACUGGGCUCACGCGUGUCCUGGCAAGCUACCCGAUAUGGUGGUCUCUAGCGGUGGGCCACCAGUAUACUUCUCUGGGUACCCAGCCCAUCCUGUGCAGCUCCAUCCCUGGCCUCGUGCCCAAACAGCUACGCUUCUGCCGCAACUAUGUGGAAAUCAUGCCCAGCGUAGCAGAAGGUGUGAAGAUCGGCAUUCAAGAGUGCCAGCACCAAUUCCGUGGCCGCAGAUGGAACUGCACGACAAUCAAUGACAACCUGGCCAUCUUCGGACCAGUGCUGGACAAAGCCACUAGAGAAUCAGCAUUUGUCCAUGCAAUAGCCUCUGCGGGAGUAGCAUUCGCUGUGACUCGUGCUUGCGCUGAGGGAUCGGCCAACAUCUGCGGCUGUGACACACGGCGGAAAGGUCUACCGGGCGACGGCUGGAAGUGGGGUGGCUGCAGUGAAGAUGUGGAGUUUGGUAGCAUGGUGUCACGAGAGUUUGCUGAUGCUCGUGAGAACAGGCCAGAUGCUCGCUCUGCUAUGAACCGCCACAACAACGAAGCUGGACGUGUGUCAAUCACUGAUCACAUGUACCUAAAGUGUAAAUGUCAUGGCCUCUCGGGCAGCUGUGAAGUGAAAACCUGCUGGUGGUCGCAGCCAGACUUUCGGGUGAUCGGCGACUACAUGAAGGACAAGUACGACAGUGCAUCAGAAAUGGUGGUGGAAAAACAUCGGGAGUCAAGAGGCUGGGUCGAGACAUUACGACCAAAGUACACCUUCUUCAAGCCCCCAACCGAAACAGACCUUGUCUACUAUGAAACCUCGCCUAACUUCUGUGAACCCAAUUCAGAAACUGGUUCCUUUGGCACUCGUGACCGUGUCUGCAACCUGACUUCACAUGGUAUCGAUGGAUGCGACUUGCUCUGUUGUGGCCGAGGCCACAACACCCGAACUGAGAAACGCAAGGAGAAAUGCCACUGUAUUUUCCACUGGUGCUGCUAUGUGAGCUGCCAGGAGUGUACGCGAGUUUAUGAUGUCCACACAUGCAAGUAA